CACCAAACCCACGCCGGAGGAGGUGCGGGGCUGGGCACAGUCCUUCGACAAGCUGAUGAAGAGCCCGGCGGGUCGCAACGUCUUCCGGGAGUUCUUGCGGACUGAGUACAGCGAGGAGAACAUGCUCUUCUGGCUGGCGUGCGAGGAGCUCAAAAACGAGUGCAACAAGCACACCAUCGACGAGAAGGCCAGGAUGAUCUACGAGGACUACAUCUCCAUCCUCUCGCCCAAGGAG